AUGGAGCAAAAGAAAUUGGUUGCUAGUAUUUUGAAUUUCUUACAGAGUUCAUUACCAUCGAUGUCACAGGACGAUGCAGAGUCAUUGCAAGUCUCGAUCGAUUGUAUCCGUGGUGCCUUCUCUGUAAAUGAGUCGGAUGCCUCAUUACAAACCACCGCUACACUCGAAGAGAUCUUCAAUAAUCAUCUCCAACAACAAACACCACAAUCCAACACAUCGACAACCUCUACAACUACAGCCACACCAACAUCGCCGGCUUCAGUAGAUGCUCUCAUAAACAAAACAAUCGGUGAAGUCCCAGAGGAACUAAGAGAAAUGUUUGCUAGUUAUUUCAAUAUUUUAAAGACCAAAGGUGCUUUCGUUGAUCCAUCGAAGGCUGAAACUGUUGUCAUGAGUGCUAAACUCAAGUUUUUCGAAAUAAAGUCAGUAGAGAUCAAGGCUGCUGCUGAGAAAUUAAAGGUUGAGGGAAAUUCUAAACUCAGUGGUCACGAUUACAAUGGUGCUGUCGAAUGCUAUACUAAGGCUAUUCAAUACGAUCCAACCAAUGCCAUCUACUUUGCCAAUCGUUCAUCGGCAUUUAGCAAUCUCAAACAAUAUGAAAAAGCCGUUGAGGAUGCCAACACUGCUAUCGAAAGAAAUCCAUCCUACGGUAAAGCCUAUUUCAGACUUGGAUCUGCAAAUAUGUCACUUGGUAAAAUUCAAGAAGCAGUCGAUGCCUACAAGAAAGCAAUUGAAUUGGAACCAAAUAAUGAAGUUUACAAAUCAUCUUUGGCUAAUGCCGAAUCUAAAGUAAAUAGUCCAACUUCUGGUGGUGGAAUGCCAAAUAUUCCAGGUAUGCCAGAUCUGGGUGGAUUGGAUUUAGGAUCACUUUUGAACAACCCAAUGUUAAGAAAUAUGGCACAAAACUUUAUGCAAGAUCCACAAAUGAGACAAAUGAUGGAGAACCAAAAUUUCCAAGAUAUUGCGAGAAAUGUUUUAAAUAAUCCAGAUCAAAUGGCAAAUAUGUUUGGUGGUUUGAUGGGAAAGAAUGUAAUUAUUGAUGGUGUUGAAGAAUUUUAA